AUGGAGAAGGAGACAGUACACAGACAACAUCGACUCAUCCCAGGGGUUUCACCCGCUGUCGCGGCCCCUGGACUUCACAAAGUGGUCACUGAAGCAUCUGAACUUCAGAGGAGCAAGAGUGUGGGGGGAUUUCCCCCCACGAGAGAACCUGUGACUCCCAUUGAGAAGCUGCUACAGGAAUUUGUUGGGAAGGAAAAGAAGCAAAUUAACACAAGCCAGCAUGAAGAAAAGAGAGAUACAGAGAAAGAAAACUGUGUUCUUGAACGAAAUACUACACAGGCCGUGGGAAAGGAACUAGAAUCAUUAAAGCUGGAUGGCCUUCUGGAGACCGAGACAAAUCUUGCCAAGCCACCUGUUGCCUUUGUAGAGAUUGAUUUGGAAGAACACACUGAGGAGAAAAUUGAAAGUACUUUGACAGAAGAGAAAUCAUCUAAGGCUGAAGCAGGAGAUACAUCUGAAGAUGAAUCAAAGACCAUGUGGAUGUGCUGUUUUCCAAUCUCAUCCAAGAAGAAGUCAAAAGAAAAAGCAUAGUAACCUUGUUAGAAGGUAACUGGAACUCUCAAAGGGCAUGUGAUGCCAUUGUGAAGGAAGGGAAAGCUGAGGGACAGAGGACAAAUUGAUUGAAAGAAUUAGAAGUAUCACCAUCUUGGUCUUCACUUUUCCUCCUAAUUUCCUAGUGUCAAGUUCCCCUGUUUCCCCACCCAGAAAAGGCACUCUGGCUUUGUUAUUGUUCCUGUUCCCUAUAAUCUGAUCAGCAACCUGUCCUUUUCUUUUUUCUACUUUUGGGAAGACCAGACUCCAUGGUCAUGAAGAGCUCUGACCAAAACAAUAUGAUGACAGAUCCUUUCCUCUUAAAGAAGGGAAGCCCUCAAGCUUAAGGUGGGGGCUGGGCUUCGGAGGGGAUUCAUCUACAUGUAGUCCUUGAAUAGAAGGGGAAAAAAAUUAAGCAAGGGCCACUGUGUCCUCUAUGUCCACCUAAGCCUGUUGAUGGACUAAGGAUCAAUGGGAUUUUGAUGUGGAAAACAAUUAGUGUGAAAGUAGUCCUUUAAAAAGAAAACCCAACCUAUUGAUUGAGUGGUGAAUGUGAUGUUUUUGUAGAAAAAGAAGAGAAAAUGAGUUCAAUUUU